CUUACGCGAUAAAUUCUUUUUUUCUUUUAUCAUAUAAUAUAAAUGAACUCGAUAUUUUUGUAUAAUAUAGAAAAAUUAUGAAUUUUGAUGAAAGAGUUCAUUAUUUUACCUCGUCGUUCAUGGCCUUCCUCAUCGGUAUCCAUAUCCAAAUAUUCGCGAUGUGGAUCGGAUAUUACUUUUUCUGUUUUUUUCAGUUUUUCUUUUUUCUUUUCCUUUUUACUUUCCAUAUUUAAUAUCGCACUCGCAAAUGAAAAAAAAAAAAAAAUAGAAAUAAUCACAAUUGAAGUUAAUUGAUCUAAAUUAGUUCCACGAAAUAAAUAUUUCGUAAAAAGAGAUCUUUUUACAAUGGUGUUAUGUUUGAUCAAUAUCUCCUAUAUUGAUAAAGUUUCUUUUUUGCCAAUUCAAAAAUUAUUAUUGAGAUCAUUAUAUAGAUAUUUUUCUAUUAUUUCGCAAUAUAUCAGAAAUUCUAAUUAUAUGUAAUUAAUAACUAAUUAGAAAUAUUUUAAAAAUAUAAAUCAUUGUAAACGCUAAAUAAAGAUUGCAUCAUUUCUUUGCUCUUCCGAAUGCAAAUCGACAACGUUGCCAUUGUUGGCAAAUCGCCAACAUUGGGCAGGCAGAUAAGCGAGCGAAACUUUAUGGAUCAUAGAAGAUAUAUAUUUUCAAAAAUAUGUGAUACAAUGUAAUUAUUGGUAGGAAUGAUUCAAUAAAAUAAAACAACUGAUGCAAUUUUUCAGUUUAAAUCAUUUCUGAACAUUUUAAAAAAUUCUCUAAAAUGAAGCGUCAAAUAUUCGUUGGUGCCUUGGUGCAUUCUAACGAAAAAAGAGAAUUAAUUAUGAUUGAUCGCGCUGCUGUAAUGAUUGAAAAUGGCAAGAUCAUUGAUGUUACUGUGAAUCCAGAACCUAGUGCACUUAUAGGUGAUCAUGUCACUUUUUUAAAUGACAAACAAUUUUUAAUGCCAGGUCUUAUUGAUUGCCAUACUCAUGCAGUUCAAUUUCCUAAUCUUGGUUUGGGUUAUGAUAAAAAUCUAUUAGAUUGGUUAGAAAAAUAUACUUUCCCCUUAGAAAAAAAAUAUGUCGAUGAAGAAUUUGCUAAACAUGUAUUUGAAACUGUUGUGAAACGUACUCUUGCCAUGGGUACAACAACAGCAUGUUAUUUUGCAUCUCUAUAUGGAAAAGCAUCUAUGGAACUUGCACGUGCAGUUGCACAUUUAGGCCAACGUGCCUUUAUAGGAAAAGUAAAUAUGAAUGCAUAUCGUGACGAUGGAUACUAUGAAAAUACUGUAGAAUCUAUAAAAAAUACUAUACAAUUUAUAAAUGAUAUUUUAAAUCUUGAUAAUCAUCUUAUAAAACCAAUCAUUACACCAAGAUUUGCUUUGAGUUGUGAUAUGGAAUUGAUGAAAGAAUUGGGUAAACUGGCUAAAGAAAGAGAUCUUCACAUACAGACACAUAUUUCUGAAAAUAUAGAUGAAAUUAAAGCAGUAAGAAAUAUGUUCAAGGAGUAUCCAUCUUAUGCUAGUGUAUAUAAUGCAGCUGGACUUCUAACUAAUAAGACAAUAUUAGCUCAUGCAAUACACCUCACAGAGGAUGAAAUAAUGCUUAUUAAACAAAAUGAUACAGCAAUUAUACAUUGUCCAUCUUCUAACACAUGUUUAAAAAGUGGUAUGUGUGACAUACAAAAAUUAAAAUCAAAAGGACUUAAAAUAGGAUUAGGGACAGAUGUAGCAGGUGGACAAAGCUCUAGUAUGGUAGACGCAAUGAGAUCUGCGUUACAAGUAUCAACUAACCUUGCUAUGUUUAAAAGUGACUAUGAAAGUCUCAACUAUAAAGAAGUGUUUUAUAUGGCUACUUUAGGAGGCGCUAUAUCACUAGGGAUUAACAAAGAGGUAGGUAAUUUAAUACCUGGUAAAGAAUUUGAUGCACUUAUAGUAGAUAUGAGUGUAAGUAAUGGGCCAUUAGAUGAUUUCAUGAGUUAUUCACUAGAAAAACAAUUACAAAGAUUUAUAUAUUCUGGAGAUGAUCGUAACAUUAUUGAAGUUUAUGUUUCUGGUUAUAAAGUUAAAUAGAAAUAUAUGCAUCACAUAUUUUUAUUCUUCGUAUAUCACAUAGUUCAUUUCAUUUAUUAUAUAUUAUAUAUUUUCACAUUUAUCUUCAAAUUGUAACUUGGAUAUAUUUUAUUUUAUUGAUUAAUAUUUUAAACAAGUAUAAUUAAUAUGAUUCAUUAGUGUAUAUUUUUAGUACAUGUAUACAAAGCUGUGCUAGUAAUUAUGCAAUGCAUGCAAGCACAUAGAUGGUCAAUAAUGCAGUUUAAGAGUAUUUAAGCCGGUCCUGAAUAUAUGUUUCCCAAGUUUUAUUUUAAUUAUCUUUAUGAUAUUUUAAAAAUGAUUGUAUACUUCUUAGAGAUUGUUCAAAUGCUUUUUCAAAUCCAUGACUAUCACUGUCCUAUAACAAAAUUAUAGCAAGUAGAUAUAAAUUUUUUUUAUAAGAUGCUGCUAUAGAUUCUAUCAUUAAAAAUUACAUACAAAUAA